GCAAGGGGAGUUUUGCUACCGGGUCACGGUGGUGACAGAAAGUGGCGGGGAGAUGCCGGAGAUCGCGAUCCGACAUGUGGUGUCUGCCAGUAGUUCCGACCCGACGCACUGUGCUGAGAACCUGCUUAAGGCCGACACCUAUCGCAAGUGGAAGGCCGCACAGGCUGGGGAGAAGCACAUCUCUGCCAUACUACAGUUUGAGAAAGAGGAGCAGAUUCACAGCAUUGACAUUGGCAAUGAAGGCUCCGCAUUUGUUGAAGUAUUGGCUGGCAGCUCUGCCUCCUCCAGCGAGCAGAACUAUGAGGUUCUGCUGGUCACAUCCUCCUUCAUGUCCCCCUCGGAGAGCAAGAGCGGCACCAACCUCAACAGGGUUCGUAUGUUUGGACCAGAUAAGCUUGUGAAGGCCACAGCUGAGAGAAAGUGGGACCGGGUGAAAAUCAUCUGUACCCAGCCCUAUACCAAGUCCUUGACUUAUGGCCUUUCCUUUGUGAGAUUCCACUCUCCUCCAGAAAAUGACGAGAUUCAUUCCAAAACUGCUUCUCCGAAGCUCACCAAGCUGGGGCAGUUCAAGGUCAAGGAAGACGACAACGACUCCCUGAAGCCCGGGGCGCUUUUCUUCAGCCGUGCCAGCAAACCCCUCGUCUCUCCACCUAAAGCCUCUCAGAACAACCAGCCCUCGCCCAGUUACGCCGCUGCCUCAUUGCAAACCAGCGUGUCCAGUUCCCCCGAUCCUUCGCCAUCAGCCACCGAAAAACCCACCACAAAAGCCUCUCCCAAGGAGCCCACGCCGGUCAAGAGGAAGUUUGAAUUCAGCAAGAGAAAUUCUGGUGUCUCGUCUACAGCCAGUAAACCCCACCCAGAUACUCCCCGCCCUGCACAGCCAGCCUCCAAGAAACUCAAAGCUUCUCCUUCAGCACUUCCUUCCCCAAAGACGCCACCUUCCAAAAAGCCUCCGCAAACUCAGUCUUCAGAGGGGACAGCAGACGUGCCUUUCCAGCGUCUCCUGCAGGGAACUGUGUUCGUGUUGAGCGGCUUCCAGAACCCAUUCCGCUCUGAGCUGCGGGACAAAGCCCUAGAGAUGGGUGCAAAGUACCGACCAGACUGGACCCCUGACAGCACUCACCUCAUCUGUGCCUUUGCCAACACGCCCAAGUUCAGCCAAGUGAAAGGGCUCGGGGGCACGAUUGUGCGCAAGGAGUGGGUCCUGGACUGUUACCGCACAAAGCGGUGCCUUCCCUGCAAGCGCUACCUGAUGGUAAGCCCAGAAUCUUCCAGCAGUGAGCAGGAGGAGGAGAGCGACGAAGAGACUCCUGCCCGACACCACAAACCCCUUGCACAUCCGCAGAGAGCUGACGUGCCCAGCUCCAACCACAAGCCCAAGACCCUUGCCAGUCCCAAAGCUGUACCGAUGGCACCGAAGAGGGCAUCCUCUGAAGAAGAGGAAGAGCCCGCUACCUCUCGGAGCAGUGGCAUCCAUAACAACUCGCGGGCCCCAGCAGCUGACUCUGGAGCAUCCAGCAGCGACGAGGAUCCCAGGGGUGCUCGAGACAAUGGAGAUGAGGGCUCUGGUGACACCGACGAUGAGCUGAGGAGAGUGGAAGAGGAGCACCGCAAAAAGCAACAAGGGGGGCGGAGGGUGGUCCCGGAGCCAGAUGAUGAUCCGUACGGCGGCUCCACAGAUGAGAAUACAGAUGUUGAAGAAAAAGAGGAGCCAGAUCAGCCCAUCCCAGAGCUACCAGAUUUAUUUGUGGGCAAGCACUUCUUCCUUUAUGGCGAAUUCCCUUCCCAAGAGCGACGCCUCUUGAACCGUUACAUUGUGGCUUUUAACGGGGAAGUGGAGGAUUAUAUGAAUGAGCGAGUCAAUUAUGUGAUCACGGCUCAAGAGUGGGAUGACACGUUUGAGGAGGCUCUGAACGAGAAUGCCAACCUUUCCUUUGUGCGCCCCCGCUGGAUCUACAACUGCAACCAGCGGCAGAAGCUGAUCCCCCACCAGCCCUAUGUUGUGGUACCACGAGUGUAGGCCGGCCUCCUCCCUGCGGGUCCUGUAUACUCCCUCUGGAACAAACAGCUCUCCUUCCCUUAGGGGCCACUUGACACCAUGCUCUCUCUCUCUCUCGUUUUCCACUGGGACGUUCCUUCCUCUCAAGGCCCUUGUCCAGCAGCUCUGUUUCUACACUCACACACAGACGGAGCUGGGGUUUUGAGGGCCUUUUUUUCUACUAUUGCUUGCUCCAGCAGUAGCUACCCCAGCUCACAUGGGACAUGAUUUCAUUUGCAGAAAUAACUCGAGCUGCUCUGGAGAAAUCAGUGUAGAAAGCCUCCAUGGUGCACUGUGGCAGAGUGGUGAGCUGCUCUGGAUUGGGGCCUGUGUAAACUCUCUCAAGGUCUUAGUAAGUGGAGUUGGAGCUUGGUUUGGACUAAUAAGGGGCGAGGGCACAACUGGGAAAGCAAGAUGCAUCCUCCAAACAAUCCUGACUUUUAUUUCUGCGACCCUCUCCUGACCCUGGUUCUCAUGUCACCCUUUUUCUUUCUCUUUUUUUUACCUCUCCCACCUCCCACAAUCAUUUCCUAGGAGGCUCUGUGUGUUCUUGUCAGUCAGUUAACUUCUCUCUCUCUCUCUCUCUCUCUCUCUCUCUCUCUCUCUCUCUAUAUAUAUAUAUAUAUAUAUAUAUAUAUAUAUAUAUAUGUAUAUAGUUGAGGACACUGGCCAUUUUAAGGUGGAAGUUUACAUUCUGACACAAACACUGUCCUUAGAACGGAAGCACCUGUCCCUCUAUACAAGCUCUGCCUUCCUCCCAGUUUUACAGGAGUUGAUAUUUGCCUCCUACUCCUUGACCCCUUUUCAUUUUGUGACUAAGGCCACCCCAUCACAAGCUUCCAUUUUUGCAGAUGAAAUUUGUUCCUCUGUCUGCAGAUUCAGCAAACCUGAGCAUAUGAACAGUCGGUGGUAUGCUGGCCUGACCAUGGGGCAAAUCCAAGCCCAUUUUUAGAAUUCAGGAAUUAACCACUCACAAGUGUUACCAUUUUGGUUGACAUUCUGCUCACCUGCAUUUCUACGACCACCUCUGGAAAAUCAUUUUCAAAUGAGGCCCACCGUGUAAUAUCCAGUCCCUGAGCUCACAUUCCUUUUUAAGCUCAGUGUCCUUGCUCUGUGUCUUACACAGCUCCGUUAUAAGCAUGUGGUAUUUGGAGUAGACGCCAUACGGUGACCGAACAGAGAUUCCUAAGUGGCAUGCUUGGCCCAGGUACAGAGAUGUUUUAAUGCUGAGUGUUCUCUCACACAACCGCUUUAAACAGUGUUCAGGGUAGAAACUAUGACUGUUAAAAUCAUACUAAGUUUUAUAUUGCAGCUCUUACGACCCAAGCCUCAGAUUUCUCCUAUAGGAAGCAAAACAAAAAACGGCUGGAGUUAAUUGUCUUGUGAUUUGAUUCAUUUCAGCAGCAUGUUGUCAGUUCCACUCUUUGCUUUUUACCUCGGGCAAAGAACUAUCUUCAGAUUUCGCUGGAAGGGAAACAGCAGAAAAACCCACCCUUUCAGCUCAGCUUCCCGGUGAGCUUUUUUUUUGGGGGGGGGGUGGUAUUCUGCCCGACCCCCCCCCCAAAAAAAUUGCAUGUUCCUUCCUGCUUUUCCCUGGCUGUGAACUGGACUGAGAGGCCUUGAAUAAUCUACCUCGUUUUUACAGCCCAUCUCUUCCCCAUCAUUGGUGCUGCCCUCAGUGCUGCGAAUCAAGCCAGCAACUCUGUCCUUAUGUUCAUGGAUAAACUACACUAAAUAAGCUGAUUGCUCACAGGAGCUUCCCAGCUUCAGGAAAGGGCUGCAAAUAGCCCAUCUCUAUGGAUUCUACUCUUUGGCCCCUGUGUAUAUAACAUCUCCAAUACAGAGGUUCUCCACUUGAACCCUUAGCUUUGAUCUAUUUUCCACUAGGUCUUGCUAUGUGGAAGCCCAGAGAUCACAGGAGUAAGAAGUAGGCAGAAGCCUACCAACGGGGGGCUUCAAUCAGCACGACCAACAGACAGCGUUGAUGGGAGCUAUAACAAAGGAUGGAGAUACCAUGUUGGCCUCCCGUUUACCCCAAUGCCUCUUUGGAAGGGAGGAUUAACCUGUCCCCAGGUAGGGGGCAUUAGUGUUAGCCAGAAAUUGUUGAAAAGCAUGGGAUGCUCUAUUUUAAGGAGAGUUUGCUCAGCUAUGAUUCCCAAAAAGCUGGUGAUGGCUUUCAGGUGACAGUGAAGGGCAAUAGUGUUUUUUUAAUAAGCUAUCUUGACUUCUCACCAGAGGGGAACUAGCUUUGGGAGUGCAAUGAGAAUUCACACACCCCUUCUAAAAUCUGCCACGUUCAGAGUUGCUAUGGGGGUGGGGGGAGGCCUAGCAUUUAAACUGGAUCAGGUUUGCAUCACAGCUCACAUGUCCCGAGAUUAAGGGCUUCUUGGUUUUUAAAAAGGAAUUAUACCUAUGGUUCAUCAAAGUUUGCAUGAGAAUCCAAAAGUUGUAAUGAAUCUUCUCCAGGGAUGUAUUCAUGUCUUCUUUCCCCCUCCAAUCUGGUUUGUUGUGUUUUUUUAUAUAUAAAAAUAAAUAAAUGAAAUGAAAACAAAAUCUCAGCCUCGAGCUGCUCUUCUGCGCCACAGAGAUUGUAACAACCUCCUAAGAUAUAACUGAGAAGAAACAGGUGUCAGAAUGUUCACAUGAUGAUUUCUAACAGGGUCUCAACAGUUCUGAACAGAAAGUCAUGCAUUUAAGCUUUUAAAAAGGCUCCUGGUGCUCAUAGUGGCAGUUUCGGCUCAUAAUGUGGCUACUGAGGGUGGUGUGGAAUGGCUUGAGCACACAGUAAAACGAUUGUCUCCUUUCCCCUGAGGUCUCCAUUCCCUGCCUGCCUUCUGUCCUGCUCAUACAGCCCCAAAUGCUUCUCUUCUUUCUGACAUAAUUGCAUUAUUUAGAAACCCACAAACUAUUUGGAUAAACCAUUUAAAAAUUCAAGCUAAGGCAAUUACCCCUAGGACUGACAUCACUAUUUGUCUCCCUUUACCUUCCUCCUGUGCUUUUUUUUUUUUUACCGCUUACAAAAUCUGGAAUAUCUGCACCAGCAGCAACAGUUAAGUAACUGCCUUUGGGGCUGUAAUGGACAUCCAAUUUAUUCUAGCUGCCUGAUUCUCGUAUCAAAACGCUUUGAAAGUAGGCACCUCUCUCUUUUCCUACUGUCUUGACCCGCAAAAAGUAAGCUGCCUUUGGCCAAUGAUGCUACAC